CAAGAAAACAAGUUACCAGAAAACGGUUUACUGUCUUUCACAAUUAUAACAAGAUGUCGUCUAUAUGAUCGGCAUGCUGCGAAUUUUCAUCGUUUUUUCUCUCAUACCCUUCCCUUUCAUCGAUGCAGCUUGUACGCAUCUGCCGUCUGGAUCAUGUUUCGUCGACUGUACGCAGAACAUCUAUGCGGUGGUGUGCGAAGACGUUAGCGAUAAUCAGCUGCAAGCCGAUCUCCAGGCUUUUGCCGGUCUGAACACUUCCUUCGCGCUGCAUAUAUGGAACUCGCCGGCCAUCCAACGCCUGGGUGGGGCCAGUUUCUCGGAUGUACAGAGCCUCGUCACAGAGAUCGAACUGCAGAACCUUAGGAAUUUAAGCAUGUUCCCAGAAAUCACCGCGUUAUCGGUGCUGAAGAGCCUGAUUAUCAGCAACGCGCCCAAAAUGGAUUACUUCCCUGUGGAACUGGUCUCGCCAUCUGUUGAGAAAAUCCUUUUUCGUGCCACGGGAAUAGCGGAAUUCUACACCACCGACUCCGGGACGGGCAGCAUCCUUCCAAACCUGCAAGAAUUCCGUGUUCGCGAGCAGAACGUGUCCUUCCUCAACCAGUACUUCACGGCCUUCCCCAAUGUAACCAUCAUCGAAAUGUCCAACUGCCACGUGAAGCUAGGGGAAAUGGACAGCACGGAUUUGCCAUUUGUCACCAUUAAACCGCUGAAGGAGUUCGUGAUAUUUAAUAACACCUUCGAAUCGACCAACUUAAACUUUUACUCCAUCAUCUUCCUGCAUAUCGUCAACAGUCUGACGGUGGACGAGAGCAGUAGUGUGGAGAUCUCCCAGAAUGCAUUUCCCAUAGGCAAAAAGACCCUGGAGAACUUUGGGCGUCUUUCGCCCAUCCGGAGAUUAUCGUUGCGCGGCAGUUACUUUGAGAAUUUUAACACCCUGGAGAAUCUGUUUCUCAAGUUCAACAAUCUGGUAUAUCUUGAUUUAGGACACACGAAUCUUCCCAUCUACAAACUGGGAACGUUUCGCGGGCUGCCCAGCGUGGAAGUGCUGCUUUUAGACGGGAACGGUCUGCAUGAUAUUGAAUCGCGGGAUUUCUUUAACGGCUUUAUACCGCGAAAUCUCUCCGUGCUGGAUGUAUCUGACAACGGUCUGAUCGGACAUAUUUGGGGAUUUGAGCAGUGGGCGGCCAACCUUGAGUGGUAUAAUCUCGCUGGGAAUACCAUCACACAAUCCUUGUUCACCAAUCGUUCGCAAUAUUUUCCGAAAUUGCGCUUUAUGAGUCAGGCUCGCAAUCGACGAACCUAUACGAAGUCAGCCAAUUAUAAGAGCAUGACACAGCUGAACACGAUUGAUUUCGGGUGUAAUGAUUUUCGCAAUAUUACAAAGGAGUACUUUAACGAUCUGCCGGCCUCGCUGAAGGUGUAUAAUUUGUCGUUCUGCGAACGAAAGCAGAGUGACCGGGUCAUGGUGGCGAAAGAUGCUUUUACGGGAUUUCCAGCCAUCAGUGAACUAUACCUGGACAGGGCUUUUUUGAAGCCCAAUUUUUUCGCGAAACUGCAGAGAAUGCCGAAAACCAGUGCGCAAGCACUCCGAGUUCUACAUUUAGCGUAUAAUCGAAUAGCCUUUCUCCACGGAGAGGGCUCCCAUUUCAUCCCGUUCACUGGACUGGAAUAUCUAGACCUCGAAGGCAACCUAAUGCAGUCAACGGGAGCCGCAGCAUUCUCCCCUCUCAAACGCCUUCGUCGGUUGAAUUUAUCUAAGAACGGUUUAUUUUCCAUUGGUCAGGAAGAUUUUAAAGGAUUAGACAGUUUAGAAGAUCUUGACCUAUCCGGUAACAGCCUCACCCUGAUCGCGCCCAAAUCCUUCGACAUGUUGGGAAACCUACGCGGGCUCUUUUUACACGACAACGCCCUGACAAAAAGCUCCGGCCCGGUAGCCGUCAUUACACCCGGUGAAUGUCGUAAACUGACGCAUUUCAGCAUGGCCAACAUCCCCUAUGAUUGCCUGGACACGGAGGUGUUUGUCCGCUUCCCCGGGCUAAAGUGGGUGUACUUAAAUAAUUCGGUUCCGCUGUUUGCCGAUAUGGAUCCGCGGCUGAGUAUGCUGCAGCAGAUGCAGCGGACACCGUUACAUCCCUGGGCAAGACUGCGAAUGUGCGACAGCGGCACAUUCAAUCCACGUUGGAAUAUGGAGACGGCCUUUGUGAAAGUGGUGGUCAAUGAUGUCAGGCAUUCGGUGUAUCAAGAUUUGUAUUUGCUAUUUAAUACGUGCUUUCAACGACACAGUCGGCAAAUACGGAAUAUCGUGGAAAAGUUGUUGUGUUAAUGUGGUAAGAAUAUAAUAAAAUUUAAUUGUCCCCCACAGUUAAUCAACGUUAAUUCACCGCGUUGCAAUAGUCUUUUUAAAGUGCUGAAAAUAUGUGCAUUAACUGUGUACAAUACAGUAAGUAAGCCUUUAUAUGCAUGGAUAAUAAGGCAGACCAUCCAUU